AUGAUCGACACCUUCAUCUACUGGAACUUUCGGGGGAGUAAAGGGAACGCAAACAUUUUAAGGAUCUCCCUCCCGUGCAGUUACAACACCAUAAAGAAGAAAAUCCUAGAGGUGACCAACUUGAACCUACAAAACAGCUUGGAUGUCCUCCUUUACCACAACAACAGGGUGUUGAGCGAAUAUGAAAGUAUACAAAAUGGAAUGCUGGUAGAAAUCCAGCGGAGCAAUGUAGACGUGGUUAGGGAGUUGCUACAGAAAAGUAAUCAUGCCUAUUUGGAAAGGAACAAAAGUGUGCAGGACAACAGGAGGGGAACUACGCCCCUCCCCGGUGGGAGGCAAAGCGAAGUGCACGAUAAUAAGGGAAACGGCCCUACUACCGUUGGGAGCGCAUACGAUAGUGGUGGAAUAGGUGGAAGACACCCAGGCGUAGGAUCGCACGAGGGUAAACCAAGUAGCCCCGAGAUAAGCAGAGCGCCCAAAAUGAGCCGAACCGCGAACUACCCAUGCAGCAGUAAACAGCCAUGGAAUGUCUACAACAGAAAUAAUGUAAGCAUAAAGGAAAAUAAUGAGGAUGAUGAGGACAUGAAGAUCCAAGAAGUGAUGGAAAAAAAUAACCCCUAUCAUCAACGUUCAGACUUUGCCAAAUCUAGAAUGUUAAAUUAUUAUAAAAGGGACAGAAAUAAUAGUGUUUCCCAGUUUUAUGUGAAUAAUAAAUUGAAAACAGUAGCAUCCCCCUCUUCUGCUUCUGCUUCUUCCAUUUCGAAGAAUUUAAAUGCAUACAAUUCAGUGUCUUUCGCUUCUAGAGGAGAGCAGCAUUUCCAAAACGGAGUGGCAGGGGCAUAUAGUAAGUAUUACAAAAUGAGGGGUUCCCCACAGAAUAGUGGCUAUGCCAAUACAAUGAGUCAUAGCAGUUACACAAACUCGAGAAAUCAACAGAAGACAAAACCUGGUUAUAACAAUGUGAGCAACCAAGACACAAGCACAAAGUACGUUUCGCCCGAUUAUAUCUGCCACAUGUGCGGGAAAAAAGGGCAUAGCAUUAAGAAUUGCCCCAUGAGCUCUUUUAACAAUAACAAAAAGAUAAAGGUACCCACAGGAAUUCCAACGAACUUUCUCACCAAAAUUAAAGCAGAGGACAUUAAUAAGUAUGACCAGAUUUAUAUUCUGAAGGAUGGAAGUUAUGGGGUGCUGAAAGACGUUGAAGAUGUCAGUGGGAGUGCAUACCUAUAUCGCAGUGUUGAUGAUAAGAUUAAUAUUUACCUGGGUGUAAACAAUAAGGAUAAUAGGAAUGCCGACAUAGAUGGUGAUUGGGGUGCAGACGGCAGGGGCAACCCAAGUGCCAACCCUAAUGGGAACCUUAGCAGUAGUGCCCAUCAUACCGGGAAUAGCAGUUACCCUAAUGAGGGGGAAGACAAAAUCUCCAAUCUGUAUAAAUGCCUCUUAUGCAAAAAAUUGUACUCUUCCCCAACAACUCUACCUUGCUGUGGGGAAACUUACUGUAAAGGUUGCCUGCACAGGUAUAACAGAAAAAGGAAAAAUGAUUAUUCAUCUUCCCAGUUGUCCUCAUCAGGGUACCAAAACAACGGGGAUGGUAGAUCCCAAAUGAUGAAGUGUCCCAACUGUCAGAAGCUUAUAAAUUCAGAUGCCUUAAUUAUUAACACUAAUAUUAAAAAUGUAAUUGAUACAAUUAUUAGAAAUCAAAAGGUCAGCAAUGCGAAUAAGGAUGAGGAAGAGAUCGGGGGUGGGAAGUGGAGAAGGGGUGAAGACGAUAGCCAUAUGAACCACGCAACCAAUGGUGGUGCCUCGACCGGCCUAGACAGACAGAACAGAAUGGCAGCCGUCACGCCAAAUGGGGGAGUACCAUUACACAUCAGUGCGACGUCCUCGAACGGAGCAGCCAAGAUUACGUCAACAAUAGGUAUGUCUCACAUAUCAAGCGAUAAGAACACAAGCUCAUAUUACAAAGCAACCAAUGGAGUUACCAACAACAGUGAGCGCUCAUCGUUCGCUUCUGCCCCCAAUGGAAGCUUCCCACCAGGUAGUGACCUUCCUAGCAAUAACAGCAGAAUAACGGAGGAGCAAAAUUCAGUUAACAGUAGCAGCAUCUGCAACGAGAAUGAAGACGAAUUUCAGGACAACAGUUUCAACCCGCUAAUAAAUUUACCUAUCAAUCUGCUAGAGAUAAAACGCCAACACGAUUUUGCUGCAGCGUAUAUAGCCAAAUAUAGGAUGAGGCGAAAACGAAAGAGGAAAAAAACUAUCGACCUCGGAAUGCUUCUCAUGAGUAAGCGGCGCGUGUGCUAG